GUGGGAUUCAAGUAAUUUAACAACCGGUUUUCUGCCAUGAUGAUUUCUUCCAACAACCAGGUUGCCAAACUGCUCAGAAACUUAACAACCGGUUCUCCCGAAGUGGUGCGAACUGGCUGAAUCCCACCACUGGAAGGUUCAUAUUGGAUGUGCAUUCACAAUACCUUGGUUGAACCAUGAAUCUUGCAAUUCAUGAACUGCUGACUUGCUGUCAUCAGCUUGGAAGUGACAAAGCUAUGGAAAGAAAGAAGGAAAUUGAGAAGUUCAGGCGUCUUAUCUGUGAUCCAGAAACAGUUCAGCAGCUGGAUCGGAAUUCUGAUUCCAAACAUGGAAAACAGAUAAACUGGGAUGCUGUAUUCAGGUUUUUGCAGAAAUAUAUUCAGAAAGAGGUUGAGAGUGUCAGACUAGCAAAACCAAAUACCUCUGCCUCAACCCAAGCAACACGAGAGAAAAAGAUGAAACAGAUCAGUAGUUUGGUUAAGUACUUCAUCAUGUGUGCCAAUAAAAGAGCCCCCAGAAUAAAAUGUCAAGAGCUUCUGAAUUAUGUAAUAGACACAAUAAAUGAGUCAUCAAGAUAUGCUAUUUUUGGGGCUGAUUGUAAUAGCAUAUUACUUAAGGACGUUCUUAAAGUGAGGAAAUAUUGGUGUGAAAUAUCUCCACAACAGUGGUCAGAUCUUCAAAAUCUGUAUUUCAAAUUAUUUCUCAAUCCUUCUGGAAAUGUUAACAAAGUUUUGGUGGCUAGAAUAAUCUAUACAUUAACUAGAGGCCUCUGUUUCCAAACUGACAAGUUCAAUUCAGAUAUUUUGAAUGUCUUCUCAAAAGUUAUACAUCGUGCAAGGCAAGAAAGAAACCUUGCAGGCCUUGAACACAUUUUUGCAGCCAUUAAUGUGUUUCUCCCCAUUUAUGCAAUGAAUUACCGCAUGCAAGUUUGCAAAACAGGAGAGGAAAUUCUAUCAACUAUGCUUUUUAUAUGGGCUCAGUAUAAACCAAAAGACGCUUUGAAGAAGCAGAUUAUUCAGUUUGUUCAGUUUCAGAUUUGUGUUCAUCAUCCAAAUGGAGCUAAAACUCAGGAAGAAGGAGCAUACAGCUCAGCAAAAUGGCAAAAUACUUUAUACAACUUAUAUGAUCUGUUAGCUAAUGAGAUAACUCUUAUUAGCAACCGAGGAAAAUAUUCUUCAGGCUCUCACAGUAUCGUUCUAAAGAACAACCUGGUUGAAUUAAUGGCUGAUACUUGUCAUCAGGUAUUUACUGAAGACACCAAAGUCUUAGAGGUAACCCAGUCAUAUGCAAUUACUCAGCAAGAAGAUGGAGAUGGAGAAGGACCAUCCAAACGUAGAAGAAUUGAAUUAGGAUGGGAAGUGAUUCAAGAACACUUGCAAAAAUCACAGAAUAGUUUUGAUGUCAUACCCUGGCUUCAGAUUACCACCAGAUUAGUAUCCAAGUACCCAAGGAGCCUUCCUGACAAUGAGCUGACUAAUGUACUUAAUAUACUUUACCAAUUAUUACUUCAGCAACGUCGAGGAGAACGGACCCCUUAUGUAUUAAGAUGUCUUAAAGAGGUUGCUCUGUGUCAAAGCCAAAAAAUAGACCUCAAUAGCACACAGAAGUUUGAACUGCAGCGAACAUGGUCCAGAAUUUGGUCUCUGGUAGAUCGAAAUCUAAACCUUCGACAAACUGAAAUGGAAAGCUUUGAAUUGCUUGGAGUCCUAUUUCAAAGAAAUUUAAUAACAAUGGACAGGGAAAUUUGGAGGAUAUUUGCAGGUUCUGUAUGCAAGCCAUCAAGUUUUGCUGUACAGUGUUUAGCAUCAGCAAUGACAGCUUUGGAAAUACCAGAAACUUUGAAAAAUGGAUCAUUUCAGAAUGAUUGGGAAGGACAUGCAACUUAUACACUAAAAGAACGAGUUAUGAAAUGGCUUCUCUUCUGCAAUGUGGAAGAAGUUACGGAAGACAGCAUGGAACUCCCUCCAGUUUUGUGCAGUGACUUUCCUAACCUAGAAUUACAGAAAAUCUUUGUAAGUCUGACUAUGAAAAGUUGUAGAGCAGCAAUGGCAUUUUUCAACAAUGCACCAGAAUGCAUGGAACAUAACCAAGAGAAAGAAGAAACGAGUCUUUCAGAAAUUGAAGCUUUUUACCUGCAGACAACCUUCAACGAAACCAAUAUUUUUACAAAUAUGGCAGAUGUAUCAGAAAAUAAAUCUAGUUCCUGCCUCGUUGUCAAUCAGAAGCUUGAAGAAACCUUAAAACACAAUCUUCUGAUGAUGUCAGACCAGCUACUUAGCAAUGUUUCUCCUGAGACUAUAUCUGUAGAAAUGCUGAUGCGUUGUACCUGUAUCCUGACUGGUGUUCUUGGCUGCUAUUGUUAUGCUGGCAUUCUUACAGAAGAAGAAGCAUGCAAAUUGGAUUUUUUUCAGAAAGCUAAGUUAUGUUUUAAUUAUGUGGAGGAAAGCAUUUCUCAGUCUAAAAACAAGCUAAAUGACGAUUCUAGAGUUGUUUCAUUGAGGAAUUUAAUAUUGCAGUGCACAAGUUGCUUAUGCAACUGUACCCAGAAUAGUCCCAAAAAGAGUUUGUCUACGAUCUUCUUGCAUUUGUUAACAUCCAAGUUGAUGAAUGACCUUGCAAGUAUCUGCAAACUUCUGAUGUGUUUUACUGGAAAAUCAAGUGAAACUGGAGAAAUGGACUUAAUGGAAGAUUUUCCUGAAGAAAGUAGAAUGGAAGAGGGAAACCAAACAGUCUUUGAUCUAUUUGAUGAUGAGUGUGGCGAAGUUGGUGAAGUGAAUGAAGUUGGAGACUUGCACACUUUGACAGGUGCCACAAGUCCAUUAUCAGAAGAACAUCUAUCUAAACAUGAUUUGCUUCUUCUUGAUGUUUUGAAGUUCUUGUGUAUAGCUUCCACAGCAACCACAAUACAAACAGUUCCCUUUAGAUGUUCUGAAAUUUGGAGGAAACUCUUAGUGCUAAUUGAUGGAAAUUCAUUUGAUUUUAUUAAACCUCUACAUUUACAUGUGUAUUUAGUCUUGUUGAAGGAACUUCCCAGAGGAGAAAAUCCCUUGCCUGAAGAUUAUGUUGUCUCAUUACUCAAACUUCUACUAGAUAUAUGUUCCUUUUAUCGUCGGGAUCAAGAUGUUUGUGCAGCAAUAUUACAUAAUCUUCCUCCAAUGGUUAAUAUUUUGGGAACUUUCAGUAGAAAUUCUGAAGAUCUAAGAGAAGCCCGGUGUCAAGUCUUAACUGUUGUUGGAUCAUUUUGGCAUUUAGCAAAUGAAGGAAAAUGUUCAGUUCCUGUAAGAAUUGCUUUAGUGAAUUGCAUGACAACCUUUCUUCAUGCUGACCCUUGUUUAGAAUGGGCUGUGCUUACAGUUAAAUGUGAAAAUCUACCUGUGAGAGAUGCUUUUCCUCAAUUCCUUGCAGAUGACAACUUUCAAGUUUGUACAAUUGCAGCUAAGUCAGCAAUCAGUUUGUUCCAAGAUGUGAAACUGAGGGAUACUACUGGUUUAGUGAAAGGUCUUCCUUUGAAGUUCCAACAAAGAGCUUUUGAGAAUUUGUACAUCAAAGUUCAAGAAGGAGCAAAAACAUUGUUGAAGGCACGUGACGCAGGGAAUCAAGAAAGCCAUCCUGAUGAAGAGCAUAACAGAAAAACAGUUCUACUCAUGUUAAUAACUAUGAUUUUGUACAGCAGUCCUGUGUGUGAGAAACAAGCAUUGUUUGCUAUUUUCCAGUGUAUUAAAAAGAAUGGAUUAGAUCCUCAGCUUGUAAGGAAGGUUUUAGAAAAUAUUUCUGGCUCUUUUGGCUAUAAAAAUACAGAAGAUUUAAUGAGCACUCAUUUAGAUUAUCUGAUAUUUGAGUGGUUAAACUGUGAUUACAGCUUGUCCGAUUUUCCACAUGUUUUGCUAAAUUGCUCUACUUUGGAAGAGUUUUACAGGUCCUGUUAUAAAAUCUUGAUUCCACAACUAAUAAUUAGAAAUCAGUUUGAAGAGAUAAAAUCCAUUGCCAGCCAAAUUGAAACAGAAGAGCGUCACCUUCUGGCACAAUGCUUCCCCAAAAUCCUUGUCAAUAUUCUUCCUUAUUUUGCCUUCCAAAACCAUGAAGAUACUGAAUUCACACAAAAGAGAAAUACAGCUUCUAGAGUCUACGACAUGUUGACAGAUGAAAAUUACUUAGGAAAGCAGCUGAUAGAAAGUUUAUUUCAUAGCAGCUUACCAGAAAUUGUGGUAGAGGUGUUGAUGACCCUACAUGAGCCAAUCAAUGUCAAACCAGAAGAGAAUUCUGACUUAAUUAAGUUUACAGGGGACCUGGAUCCUGCUCCAAAUCCUCCUUAUUUUCCAUCAUUUAUCAUCCAAGCUACACUAGAUUACAUUAAUAGAUGUUUUAAAACUAAGUCUAAUGGUAUUAUAGCAAUCCUUUCUAAGAACCCUGAGUCAUUCCACAAAAUUUUAUUUGCUGUAUGGAAGCAGGUGUCUGGAACAAAAAACAAUUAUAACAAGCAUAGAAUGCUUAUGAUAUAUCAUUUUUUUGUAAAUCUGCUGUUGAAAGAAAUAAAGGAUGGCUUAGGUGGCGCAUGGGCUUUUGUACUGCGGGAUGUGAUUUAUUCUAUGAUUCACCACAUCAGCAACAGGUCAAAUCCUCUGACAGGAGUAUCCCUCCGAAGCUUCUUGCUUUGUUGUGAUCUUCUCAAUCGUGUUUGUCACACAGCAGUACAGUAUUGUGGGGAUGCCAUAGCAAGUCACCUCCAUGUUAUCGUGGGUACACUAAUACCAGUUGGAGAACAACCUGAAACUGAAGAAGAAGUCUUGGGCUUAUUGAAGUAUCUAGUGAUAGAUAAUCAGAACCAUGAAUAUUUGUACCAAGCAAUCAAAUUAUUAGAUCCAUUUCCUGAUCAUCCCCAUUUUAAAGAACUGCGGGCCACUCAACAAAAAAUUAAAUACAGCACUGGAAAAUUUUCUCUUUUGGAGGAAAUUAACCAUUUCUUAUCGAUAAAUAUAUCUGAUUCACUGUUUUUAACAAGACUUGAAGGUUUAAAAGAUCUGCACAAACAACUAGAAGAUCAUAAAGAACAAAUAAUGGAACUUAUGAAAAAAUUUCAGGAAAAUCCAAGGGACUGCAUUAUAGUAAAGCUAAUGGCAUAUCUAUUACAACUUUCAAAAACAACUGUACAUUCUACUGAUGCUAUCUUGGAGGCUGUUGGAAGCUGUUUGGGAGAAAUUGGUCCUAUAAAUUUUUCUACCAUAGCAUUGCAGCCCAGUAAAAAUGGACCAAGUUUCAAUACAUGUGAUCUGUUUGAAGACAGAGAACUUCAGUGGGUGUUUGUAAUAUUAACACUCAUAAAUAAUUAUUUAAUAGAUCAAUGUAUCGACGUUCGAUCAGCUGCUGCUGUCUGUUUGAAAAACAUUUUAGCGACCAAAACAGGACAUACAUUUUCAGAAAAGUACAAAACCCAAACGGAUGCAAUGCUGAAAUACUUGCAUCCUUUCAGAACAUCUAAGAAAAAGCUCUUGGAGGUGCCUGGAAAGGUAAGAGAGACUCCUCCAGAAAAUCUCGAUUGUUCAACCUUGUGGAUUCCUCACAGUGAAAGUCAUGAAAUUUGGAUUAAGACCUUGACUUGUGCAUUAUUGGAUAGUGGAAUGAUAACAAGUGAAAUCCUCCUGUUGCUGAAGCCUUUGUGUCAGGUUCAUGCUGAUUUCUGUCAAACUGUCCUUCCUUAUUUAAUUCAUGAUAUCUUACUACAUGACUCAAAUAAAUCUGGACACAGUCUUUUGUCUGCACAAAUUCAAACGUUUUUCAUGACCUGUUGCAAAUAUUCGUCACCCAGUAGAUCAUCUACGCCUGCAAAUUUAGAUUCAGAUUCAGAAACUCUAGCUCAUUUGGAUAAAAUAUCUCGAAGAACAAUGCUUGCUGUUGUUGACUACUUAAGACAUCAAAAAAAGAAUCCUUCCAGCACCAUCUUUGAUGACAGCUUCUGGCUGGAGUUAAGCUAUCUGCAGGUUGCCAUAGUAGCCCAGUCUUGUUCUGCUCACUUCACAGCUUUGCUUUAUGCAGAAAUCUAUGCCGACAAGAUAGGCAGACAACAGGAAAGGUCUGCUUCCAAAGCAGUUAAAAAAUUAACAUUUGAAGAAGGAAGUCAGAAUUCAACACUUACUUGUUUAAGUGAGAAGAGUAAAGAAGAAACAGGAAUAAGUUUGCAGGAUCUUCUUAUGGAUAUAUACAGAAGCAUAGGAGAGCCAGAUAGUCUCUAUGGCUGUGGUGGAGGAAAAAUGCUGCAACCAUUGGCCAGGAUAAGAACAUAUGAACAUGAAGGAAUGUGGGGGAAAGCUCUGGUAACUUAUGACCUUCAAACCAGCCUUCCACCGUCAAUUCGACAGGCUGGAUUGGUAGAGGCUUUACAGAAUUAUGGGCUAUAUAAUACACUCUCCAUCUACUUAAAAGGAUUGGAACAGCAGAAUGAAGAAAGCUCCAUAGAAUUACAGGAGAUUCGUUACCAGGCAGCUUGGAGAAAUAUGCAAUGGGAUCAGAUCUCCUCAGUCAAAGAUGAAAUAGAUCAACGAGGCUAUCAUGAAUCACUGUAUGAUGCUCUACAAUGUCUACGGGACAGAGAUUUCUCUACCUUUUAUGGAAGAUUGAAGUGUGCCAGAAUCAAAGAAGUAGAAGAGCUACUGAAAGGCAGCCUUGAGUCUGUAUAUUCAUUACUGCCUACACUCUGCAGGCUACAGACAAUUGGAGAGCUGGAAUAUGUAGGACAACUUUUCUCUGGGUCGGAAACUAAUAGCCAGUUGCAUAAUUUGCAUCUGAAGUGGCAGAAGCAGUCCCAACUUCUUCAGGAUAGUGACUUUGCUUUCCAAGAGCCUGUUAUGGCUUUGCGUACAGUAAUUCUCAAGCUUCUUCUGGAGAAGGAAAAGGAGAAUGCCCAAAGGGAAUGUAUUAAAAACAUCCUCACUGAACAUCUUGUGGAACUAUCCAGGUUGGCUCGAAUGGCAAAUAAUUCACAGCUUCCAGAAAGAGCAAUAUAUGAAGUUGAACAGUACAGCCUAACCAGACACAAAGUAUCUGAAUGGAAAUUGGAAGAAGCUCAGGUGUUCUGGGCUAAAAAGGAAAAAAGCUUAGCACUGAAUAUUUUAAAAGACAUGAUCAAGAAAUUGGAUGAAAAUUGGUUUGAGGUUGAGAAAGACCCUCAUCUGAAAUUAAUUUACACAGAAUGCCUGAGAUUAUGUGGAAGUUGGUUAGCAGAGACCUUUUUAGAAAAUCCUACCAUCAUUAUGCAGAAUUACUUGGAAAAGGCAGUUAAAAUUGCUGGGAAUCACAGUGAUGACAGCAGCAAUGAGCUGAAGAGAGGAAAAAUGAAGGCUUUUCUGUCUCUGGCUCGCUUUUCGGAUACUGAGUAUCAAAGAAUUGAAGAUCGUAUGAAAUCAUCUGAGUUUGAAAAUAAGCAAGCUUUGCUGAAGAAAGCCAAGUACGAAGUUGGCCUUUUAAGGGAGCAUAAAGUUCAGACUAAUCGAUAUACUGUGAAAAUUCAGAGGGAGCUGGAACUAGAUGAAUGUGCAAUUCACGCCCUGGAAGAAGAUCGCAAGCGUUUCUUAUGCAAAGCAGUUGAGAACUACAUUAUGUGUUUAUUGAGUGGAGAAGAACAUGACAUGUGGAUCUUCCGUCUCUGUUCUCUCUGGCUUGAGAAUGCUGGACUUUCUGAAGUCAAUGCAAUGAUUCAGAAGAAAAUACAGAAAAUACCAUCCUACAAAUUCUUGCCACUGAUGUACCAGCUGGCUGCUCGAAUGGGAACCAGGAUGGGUGAAUUUCAUGAGAUUUUGAAUAAACUUAUAGCAAGGAUUUCUCUCGACCAUCCACAUCACACUUUGUUUAUAAUUUUGGCACUGGCUAAUGCCAACAAAGAUGAACUCCUGACCAAGCCAGAAAUGACUAGAAGAAGUGGACUAAUAAAAAAUGUGCCAAAAGAAACAUCUCCUCUUGACAUGGAUCGAAUGGCAGCUGCUAGCAGUAUAAUUAAGAUUGUAAAAUGCAAAAGACCUGAUAUGGUGGUAAAGGUUGAAGCCCUUUGCGAUGCUUAUAUUACUUUGGCAAACAUGGAUGCAACUCCCUGGAAAACCCACAGAGGAGGUAUAAAUAUUCCUUCCGAUCAACCUCUAAUUAAGUUAAAAAAUCUGCAGGAUGUUGCUGUACCUACCAUGGAAAUAAAGGUGGAUCCUAGUGGCAAAUAUGAAAAUUUGAUUACAAUAAGAUCAUUCAAACCAGAAUUUCGCCUAGCAGGCGGGGUCAAUCUACCCAAAAUAAUAGAUUGCAUUGGAUCAGAUGGACAACAGAGAAGGCAGCUUGUGAAGGGGCGUGACGAUCUGAGACAGGAUGCUGUUAUGCAACAGGUUUUCCAGAUGUGCAAUACUCUGCUACAGCAAGAUACUGACACCAGAAAAAGAAAACUAACCAUCCGCAGAUACAAGGUUGUUCCCCUUUCUCAGAGAAGUGGCGUCUUAGAGUGGUGCACUGGCACAAUUCCUUUGGGUGAAUUCCUCAUCAAUACUGUCAGCAGUGCUCACAAACGCUAUAGACCACAAGACUACAGUAGCUUAGACUGCCAAAAGAAAAUGUUGGAUGCACAGAAGAAAGAUUUCGAAGAAAAAUACACUAUUUUCAUGGAUAUAUGCCAGAAUUUUCAACCUGUGUUUCGCUAUUUCUGUAUGGAAAGAUUUUUGGAUCCAGCGGUGUGGUUUGAGAAAAGGUUGGCAUACACACGAAGUGUUGCCACUUCAUCUAUAGUUGGCUAUAUACUUGGUCUCGGAGACAGGCAUGUACAGAAUAUUCUGUUAGAUGAAGAAAGUGCAGAACUUGUACAUAUUGAUCUAGGAGUUGCCUUUGAGCAGGGCAAAAUCCUUCCUACUCCAGAAACUGUACCUUUUCGGCUAACAAGAGACAUAGUCGAUGGCAUGGGCAUUGCUGGUGUUGAGGGGGUCUUCAGGAGGUGCUGUGAAAAAACUAUGAAUGUUAUGAGAAAUUCUCAAGAAGCCCUGCUAACUAUUGUAGAAGUGCUUCUAUAUGACCCUCUUUUUGACUGGACCAUGAAUCCUUUGAAAGCUUUAUAUCUGCAGCAAAGGUCAGAAGAUGAAGCUGAUGUCAGUUCCAACUUCAGUAGUGCUGAUCAAGGAUGUAACAAAAAAGCAAAUAAUGAAAACCAGCUGUUCAAUAAAGUGGCAGAGCGUGUUUUGAUACGACUUCAGGAGAAACUUAAAGGAAUGGAAGAAGGUACAGUGCUCAGCGUGGCCGGCCAGGUGAACUUCCUCAUACAGCAAGCCAUGGACCCCAAAAAUCUUAGCCGCCUCUUCCCGGGGUGGAAACCAUGGGUAUAAAAAUAUACUAUACGGAAAUAACACAUGAUCUCCAGAAGCUGUUACAAGCAUUUUAAUGGUUGCUAAGGAAAGUAGAAUUUAAAAAUAUUACAUGGAAAAUGUUGAAUCAAAAAGCGUUAACUGUAUUGCACUUAUUCCAGUGUGAUAAAAGCAAUAUCAGUGUU